CAGAUUUAAAAUGUCAAGCCCACCAACUCCGAAAAUUGAGAUAUUGGAUGAUGAGGAAAAUAUUGUUAACUUAGAAGGAGAAGAAGAUACAAAUGAUAAGUAUCUGUCAACUCUCAGUGCAAAUGACGAAGAUUUGAACAACUAUGUGCAGUUAUUCGAUUUAUAUCCACAAAUACUUCGCAAAUGUUCUCGUGAAUUCAAAAAGACAUUUGGAGUAGUAAAUGAAAUAGAAUACGAAAAUGGAAAUACAUUCGAGAUGUUUAUACUUCACGUAAAAAUGCGAAACCAAAUUGUUACAAAUUCCCUAAAUUUUCCUUCAUAUAAAAAAGGGAAAAAUCGUCAAUGAUAUGCUACAUGGUCACGGUGAAUUUCACUGGGAUGAAACAGGAUUGAUGUAUAUUGGCGACUUUAAAGAAAAUAAAAUUACUGGGCGUGGAAAAAUUACUUGGCCGAAUAAAAGUGAAUAUAUUGGUGAUGUUGUUGAUGGGAUCCGACAUGGAUUUGGCACAUACACUGACUCCAAUGGUCUCCAAUAUACUGGUCAGUGGAAGAACGGAAAGAAACAAGGAAAAGGUCGUUUAAACUACACGACUGAUGGUUCUAUUCACUAUGACGGUGAAUGGGACUCUGGACUACGUCAUGGUUACGGAGUGUAUCACUACUCUAAACGGGCAACUUAUGAGGGUCAGUGGAAAGAUGGUAAACGUCAUGGAGAAGGAACAAUGCACUGGAGUGAUCGUGAUGAAAUUUAUACUGGAAGUUGGGUUGAUGGAAAACAAGAUGGACUAGGUUGUCAUGCGUGGCAUAUUCUUCGUGUUCGAACAUCACAAUAUUCUUUGCCCAAUGUAUACGAUGGUCAAUGGGCAAAUGGUAAACGUAAUGGACUUGGAACAUUUCAUUAUCCUAAUGGGUCUAAAUAUGUCGGUUAUUGGAAAGAUGAUCUGAAACAUGGGAAAGGUACAUUGAUACUUAAAGAUGGACGAAUAUUCGAAAGAACAUUUUAUGAAGAUCGUUUAAUCGAUGAAAACUCCGAUUCAUUACCCUCAAGUAUUGAUCAACUAAGUUUAGAGAGAUUAGAUACACGUAUACCACUUGUCACAGAAUGUUUAUCCGAUGCCACUGAGAAAAAUAGUGUACUCAAAGAUACAUCAGACAGUAAUUUGUUGGAAAAUUAUCUGAAACCUCAUAUAUCACCGUCAGAUUACACUCAUUCAGAAUUACAGAAUAUGCAAAAUGUAAUAACUGCUUAUUUGACUCCAUUACGCAGUAUUUAUAGAUUUUAUGGUAAACUUGGUAUGAAACAGUUACCAGAUAAUACAAUUAUACUACGUUAUGUUCAGUUCUGUCAAUUUUUAAAAGAUUGCAAACUGCAUCAACAUACAAGUUUAGCUGCCUUAGAUAGAAUAAUUGCUGUAUCAUAUGGAUCUGAAGAUGGUGAUGAUAGUUGUAUUCAAAAUCCUGAAAAAUUAAUCUCUUUUGGUACAUUUGUAAAUAUUCUUGUGAUAUUAGCUUGUAACUUGUAUACUCAAGAAGAAUCUUAUGUGCAUGAAAAAAUAACUAAGAGCAAGCCAAAUGAUGCAUUACUUUGUUUACUAACACAAGCAAUUAUUUCAAAUGCAUGUAAACUUUCUGGUGUAAUUUAUCAAGAUAAUGAAAAAUCUAAAGAAAUUCAUGUAUUUCUACAACCACUUUAUCAAGCCUAUAAGUUUUUAGUACGAAUUAAAAGAAAAUUUCAGAAGUCAAUACAUCCACCACCGUACACUAUGACUGUGCGUAAUUUCCUUUAUAUUCUCAAGGAUUUCAAUUUGUUAAAUCGAAAGCUUACAGUUAAAGAUGUUCUUGAAGCAGUGUGUAAAUGUAAUCCAGUAGUCGGAACAAUAGAAGAAUAUAAUUCUGAUGCAGAGCUUACAUUUUUUGACUUUUUCGAAGCUCUUAUUCAUUGUACGCUGAUUUUAAUGUUGGAAAAAGAUGAACCACAGGUAGAUUCUGUUGACAACAAAAUAAAAACUAUUAAGUCAGAUUUAACUAUUAAACGUAAGUUUUCACUUUCAUGUUUUCUUUUAUGGAAUGAAUACCAGUCCUUACCUAAUUGUGUGUACAUAGAUGAGCAUACUGAGAGGUAGUUCAUUCUGUUUAAUCUUAUCGCUGUGAAACGUAGUUUUUAAAAACAGAAGACACUCGUGAGUUACUAAUAUACAACUAUAUAUGUCUUCAAUAUAUUACUCGCGUAUGUUUGAACUAUCAAGUGAACAAUACUGAGGUUAGACGCAGAAUUCUGAAUAAAGAAUGAAAAUGGGUUGAUGCGACAAAAUCUACAUAAACUAAGGUUUUUUGGGAAUUUUUUUAUUUAUGGUCGAUCAACACUUACCAUCAUGUUCGACAUUUCCUGAAUUAUGGGUAAGUUGUAAGAAAGAUAAGAUUGGUCAAACCUAAGCAUACUAUUAAUUCGUAGAAUCAUUGCCUAUUGAAUUUUGUCGUGUUGAUAAUUUCAGACUACUUGAUUUUACUCCUUAUCAUUAUCAUAAACAAUGGUUGUAGAUUAUGGGUGUAGUGGGUCAGUAUCAAUCUCAAUACAAUACGUGCAUUCACUCUUUUUGGACUUCUUCUAGAUCUUGGAUUUUAAAAUUAUAUGAUACUUUUCUAUUGUACAAAUUAAUUCCUUCUCGAAUCAAAUUGUAUAUAACCAAUCUUUCUAUUACUGUGAGAUUUGUCUCGAUAACCUUAUAUUGCUGUGCUGGUCUAGUGUGAUAUUGUGAACCAGUGUACAAAGGUGCCCGGUUCUAAGUUGUUUUUGACCGAUAGGGUUAAUGAUACUAAAACAUUUGCUCAACACUAGAUAUAUAAUUUAAGUAACACAAAUCCUAAAAUCAUUCAUUACUUUUGAUGAACUAGUUUCAUGGAAACAUUGACAACAGAAUAAACAUGAUGAUUUCUUUAUUUAGUUUAGUUCAUUCUGUUUUAUUCAUCAUACUGUACUAUGAAAUAUUCCCAUUCAUUCAUAUCUCAGUAAAUCGAAGAUUAUCACGUAGACCAAGUACAUCAAGGCAAUUAAAAAGUAAUACUGGUAAAAAACAAAAAGAAAAGAAAAGCAAAACAAAACGAGGUGCAGAAAAUCGAAAAAUCAGUAUAUCACCAGAAAUAGAUAAGUCUGAAAAUCAAAAAGAAACACCAGAUGGGUUGAUUGAUCAAGAAGAACAAUUACUGCAACAAAAUCCAGAAUUAGAUAAAACAAGCUCAUCAAUACAAUGUGAAGUUGAAACGUGGGAGUCAUGCAUGAGAAACUUUCUGAAUAAAUUUCUACAAUCAGUUGAGGAAUUACAAAUUCUGCAUAACAGGGUUUAUCAAUUGAACUGAUCAACAAAAUACUUAGCUUUUUUAACAGUCGACUAGAAAUGUAUACAUAUAUUAAAACUCAAACAUUUGAAUGUAGGUAAAAACAAUUUCGACAUAAUAAAAUCCAUUAUAU